GCUAAGCCUAGUGGCUGCAUAUCAGGCAACCAAUUGAGGAACUAGACUGGAUGGUUAGGGAUAUUGCCAUUCUGGAGGCAAAGGAACUGCGCACGUCCCCUUUCCCCUCAACAAUACCCAUUGCCAUAGGCACAGCGUUUAAGGAAUUCUUGUUGAUUUCGAGUCACUUUCCCAUCAUUUGGGUAAUAGUCGGAGUGUUUGGCCGUCCUGGUUUUUGUACCUUGUUCAGAGUGCCUUGCUCUUAUUUUCCGUCGUCCGGCAUACGUGAUAACGUUUAGAGACCUUCCAAUAUUUGCGUCGCACGGUCAUUCCUCAAAUCGUGAGAUAAUGCCGAGCUUCAAGUGGCUCCGAAAGAAGGUGUUACGGAAAAAAAAGAGAGGCAGUAGGAACAAGGACCUGCUCCCUCUCCUCCCCGCUGACCGACCAAGCAUUUUGACGCCGUCGACGUCGUCAGAGAACCUCGUGUCUUUUGACAACUACGGUCUCUUUCAGCGCCUUCCAUAUGAAAUCCGCCGCAGUAUUCUUAUUGAAGCAUUUGGUGGGCGCACAUUACACAUGGAUUUAGAAUUCAACCAUCCGCUUGUACGGAAGUCUGGGACACAAACGGAGAUCAGCCACUGCGACCUUGAUUCGAACCUAAUCCGGGACACUGAUAUCCGCAAAGGCUGGCAGUGGUUUGGCUGCGUGUGUCAUCGGCGAGAAGAUGGUCACUGUGGCAGUUUGUUUCGCUCACUAUUCGGUACGAGGGAGGGCGAGCUGAUCCCGAAGGGGAGACCAUGGGAGGACACAUGUUGGAGAGGCAUCCCAAAUCCUAGCGAGUGUGGGCUGCUGCGGGGAAAAGACGGACCUUCAAAAUGUUUUAUUGGCAUCAUUGGAUGGCUAUUGGCAUGCCGACAAGCUUAUGCUGAUGGCAUUGAUGUCCUUUUUGCGACUAACACGUUUCAUCUAAAGAGCCCUGAUCUACUGGAGCACCUCCAGCGCAUGGUACUUCCCCAGCGAUUACGCGCUAUCCCGUUUCUUGAAAUGUGCUGGCUCAAUAAAUAUAGUAGAUCCCAAUUGCGGGUUCUCUGGGACGAUCCGACAACAGAGGACUCGGAGUUGCAUGCACUAUGUCGGAUGGUCCCUCAGGCGUUUCCUAAUGUUCUCCGUCUUGACAUUACAAUCAUAUGCGAUAUCAGGCCUACUGGAGAUGACUUCCCAGACAUCACUUGGGCGACUCGACGUGUUCGAGCAAGGACUCUGAAGUUGUCCGCGUUAGCGAUGGAACAUUCCAUUUUUGGCCCUAUUGAGAGAAUGCUACGCACUCUAGGGCCUGGGCGAGAGUUCAGUAUCACCAUCUCGAUGUGUGCUUGGGAAAUCUUAGCAGAUAAGCAUCGUGUUUUAUAUGGCUCGGAACUCAAGAUCGAAUGGUACUGCUCUGGGAUCGAAGGUCGGUUUUGGAAGGUGCUUGACCCUGUUAAUGAAUUGGGCUACUGGAUUUGCUGUGGUGAUAACCAAGAGAUGAGGAUGCGAUAUCUUGAUUGUGGUAUGGGACAAGGUGCGGAGAAUGUGCGGAACGCGGAGAUCCAGGAGGCCGCGCAGAUCGUGGAGGAUGCGCAAAUUGCGACGGACGCGGAGAGUGCAGAGAACGCGCAGAACGCGGCCUGAAAUUGUCGUUAUUGACUAUUUCUACAAACUGGGAGAUGCUGCUCUUAGAGCUAAAGAGAUUAGUUGCAAGGGGGAAGUUUGGCUGGGGC